CCUGGAGGUCAUUGGGGGUUGCUGGGGACGAGCCCUCAGAGGGGCAGGGUGAACUCAGCAGCAGCUUGCCUAAUUAUCUUUUAAUUUCUAUUUCUCCAAGAGUUCAUUCUGCUUUCUUUCUUUCUUUCCCAUUUCUCCAAGAUGCUCCUGCCCUGCCCUGUGCCUCCAGGAGUGUGACCCCCCAGUCCUGGGGCACCCACAGCUGAGAUGGUGGCCUUUAACUGGAAGGCUCUGGAGAACUUCCCACUGCUGAUGUACAUUUUGGCAGCUAAAACACUGAUCCUUUGCUUGGCCUUUGCUGGAGUCAAAAUGUACCAGAGCAAGAAAAUCGAGGAGAAACUGAAGAGGGAACGAGAAGAGAAGCUGAAAGCAGAAGCAGAGAAGAAGGAUGAGUGAAGAGUUCCUCAGGUGUGGAAUUGAUCCCUGGGCUUUGAGAAUGCCCUUGUUCCUCUCAGUGGGAUUGAUUUGGAAUGUGAAACUGGAAUAUUUGGGACUCAUUCUUUGUGGGACUUGCAUGAACCACUGUCCUGUUUGAGGAUAUUUUAGCACAAUAUUCCCUCUCUGUUUUUAUCUCCCUGGAUUUCCAUGCCUGAUUCACAAAGAGGGGGGAUAAAUUUGGAAUAACUGCAGGGGAGCAGCCAGGCAGGAUGCUGCAAUCAGAACUCUGGGCCUCAAGGCACAAAAUAAAGAGAGAAAAUAAUCAGCCUUUCUAGAUGAGGAAUUAUUGACAGCUUGGGGGUGGUUUGGCUGGGAAGGGCAAAUUCCACACCUGGAAUUCCCAAAGGGACAGGUUAUGCCAUGGAACAUCCACCAUGUAGAAUUCCCUGAGAAAAAUGCACAUUCUUCUGCUUGAAAUAGCAAAAUGAACAUUGCAAAUUUCCCUAAAUUUGGGAUUUUCCUUCUGAAAUUCCCAAGUUCCUCCCCUCUGUUUCCAAAGCUGAAACAAUCCCUGCUUCCUUGGAGCAAAUCCAUGAGCAGAAUGAGUCCUGCCUGCUGCUUGGAUUCUGUUCCCUGCCUUGCUUGUCAUUUUUUUGGAGCAGUUUGCUUCACUUCUCCCUGUUCUGCAGCAAAAUGGGAAUUCUAUUCCUGCCUGCCCUUUGGAAGCUCAGUGGGAGUUUGAUGUCAUGUUGCUCUUUAUUGAAAUAAAUUCUUCUUUCCCUUUCUGAGGUCA